ACCGGUGGAGAGAGGAGAGCGAGUCUGGACGGAGACGAUGAGAGCAUAUGAAAAACUGUCAGUAACAUUACUUCGAAAAAUAUCAACCAUGUCUACUGCUUUUUACAUCUGCCUUCUCUUCUUGUGGCUCCAAACCAACGCAGUGGGAGCAGAGCUGGCCCCACCAGAGAAUGUGACCAUUAUCACCUUGAACACCAAUUAUACACUGAGCUGGGAUUGGGACCAGAGUUCUGCAAAGAAUCACGCUGUCAACUUCACCACACAAUAUGUUGCGAAGUACAAACUUAAGUCUAAGAAAAAGAAUCCGAUCUGGUCUACAGUGUGUGAGGAGACAUCACAUAGGUCAUGUGACCUCACAAAGUUAAACCUGUACUACCUGGGCAUCUAUGUGCUUCGUGUACGAGCUAAUGUGAACGGACGUCUCUCCGACUGGACGCUGAAGGAGUUCUGCCCUGAUAAAGAUGCUGCUGUGGGUCCUCCAAGCAAAGUGGAUCUUUCUCCUGCUGGAAGUGACCUGGACAUUUUCAUCACUGACCCUUUGACCAGUACCAACAGUUCAAUGAAGGAUCAUCAUCCUGAGCUGUACUACCACAUCCUUUACUGGGAACGCUCUGGAGACAGACAGCCCUUAAGGACCCAGAUGUUGACUAGCAGUGCCAACAUGGUGACUUUACCAAACUUGAAGGCCUGGACUUGGUACUGUGUGAGCAUUCAGUCAUGCUAUGACUUCUACAACAAGAGCAGCAGCUUCACCUCACCCCACUGCAUGCAGACUGAAGGUGUCAUUCCAUGGUGGCAGAUCUUGGGGUACUUCCUGGUCUCUCUGGUUAGCUGCUUCGUGGUCAUGCUGCUCUUACUCUGUGGCUUCUUUUGGUUCGUAAAGACCCUCAAGGCCAUGUUGUACCCCUCCAUCCAGCUCCCUCCACACUUCCAGUAUCUUCAUGACUCACCUGGCUCUGACAUUCCUCACCUCCUCACACCGGAUUCAGACUCAGACCUGUUGUGCGACAAGGUGACCGUCUGUCCAGAGCCACUGGUCCUGGAAAUCCAUGAGCCCCCCCCUGAGGUCCUGCCAGCACCCCCUUUAGGCCUAGAGCCAGACAGCAGUGGCAGACACAGUCGUCAGGACAGCAGCGGCAGUGGAGACUCAGGAGUGUACUCCACAGGGGGCAGCUCCAGCCUGCGGCAGCCCAACAGCAAUCAAUCCUCCGCAGGGGCUGAAGACUGUGAGCAGGGUCACUUUGACUUGCAGCAGGUGAAGAUGCAGGACAUGGCUCCAAGGCUCAAGACUCAACUUCUGAUCACAGACGAGGGCAUUGUAGACAUGUGUGUCUGAAGGCAUGCUAAAAACACAUCUGUUGAGAAGAGCGAAGAUGAUAUUGUGGAAAAUGUGCAGUGUGCCUUUUCUCCAGCUGUCACUGUGAAACUCAGAGGGGAAAGCAUCAGGUCUGUACAAAAAAAAACAAAAGUGUAAAAGACAAGGAUUAUUAGAAUACACAAGAUGAUGAGUGACAGACUCACACAGGGAUCAGAACUGAUCUGCUGUGAUGUCAUUUGCAAGAAGGGAUGUGGUCUUCACUGUUGAUUUAUCUUUCCUCAAAGUAGCUUUUGAAAAUGCCGAUCCUCAUGUGAUCUCCUAGGAAGUACUGUACUGAUACUGUUGUGAUUUGAAUAUGUUAUAUGUUCCCUUUACCUUGUCUCUAAAGCCACUGUCUGAACAUCCAUACUGUGAGAGGUCAACAGGUUGCGCUAAUUUGACUAAAUGUGGCUGAGAGGAUCAGAGUCUAUUUGUGUAGCAGUCUGCAUUAAAGGAAUACUGACCAUUUCUUAAAAAUGACCAUCUCUACAUCAGUUACUCACCGUGUGUCACCUUGAAUUGAUGAAGAAAACUGUCUUUUUUCUUGCAUUCAUCCAUGGGGAACGAAGAAUCCAAAAAGAGCAAAUAUUGUUGAUGAAUUGAAGUCACUGGGGUCCACAUUUAACAAUAGCAAAACUAUAUCAAAACAUCUGCUUACAAACUCUCACAACUUGUACAGUAUAAUUGAAGUCUCAUUUAUCCAGCUGUAUGCUCAGUUCCUUCCAUAUGCAUUGCAUUACCCUGCCUUCAGCCCUUGCUCUCCAGGAUUGAAAGUGUAAACGUUGAUAAGUUUCUGUCCCACUCAGAAUGGGUUGAAGGCAAGACACAAAACUGAAAUGAAAAAAAAAAAGUUUUCUUGACAAAUUUAAGGUAACAUUACAUCAAUAAUUGAAAUGUAAAUUGUAAUUUUGUGGGUAAAGUAUUCCUUUAAUCUAGUCUUUAAGAGUUGAAUCAGCUUCAUGUCCUGUCGCUGUAAUGAGUCAGCAGAAGUAGCUUAAAGGUGCUAAUUAGGGAGCAUUAAUAAACACAAGCAGAUAAAUUCAAAUAGAGUGCCCCAGUAAUGAGUUCUAAAACCCGUAAAUGAGUCAGCAUUUUUGCACUCUCGGUUCCCCUGUUUCAAAGUCAAUACAUUUUUUGAAUGGGUUUUUGGUUAGAUGGCUGAAAUAAGGUCUGUGGUUAACACAAGCUUUAGAGACUUUCACAUUUUGUUUUGUGACAUAAGUCAGUAAAUACCCCACUGUGAAUUCUGAAGCCUUUGUUUAUCUUUUAAAAGGUGGUUGCUAACAAUACAGAAUGUUAUCAUGCUGCUUACGGCUUCACAGCCCUGUAGUGGUAGGGAUGCUAAGUCAUGCAACUGUAGUUUAGUUUGUUUAUAGCCCAGCCUUAGCCGUUUUUUUUAGCAAUUCCUUUGAGGCUUUAAAAAUCAUGAAAGUGGUGUUCAUUUGUGAAGAUUAUCUUGCUGUCUCAUGAAUCAUCAUGUUUGUUUGCCACAGAGCUUUUUUCUGCAGUAAUCCAAAAUCCAAUGGAAAAAUCCCAUAGACUUUUUGAUGAGGGAACCAGGGCAAUGCUAAAUUCCACGUCAGCCUACAGAAAAACAUCCUCCCUGGAACACUCUGUAGAGUGACCUCAGAGUGAUGAUUGACACCAGCAGUGGAUAUAGAUGCAGCCAUUGUCAUUGCAAUGAUGUGCACCUACUGGAGAGUGCAGUGAGAUUUAACAAAUGAUAAUGACAUUAGUUGGAAACAGGACCAGUAAAUCCUUCAUGAAGGUUAGAAUGUUCUGAUUUUGUUCAAACUGUUUGAUUGACUCAGCUGUAUGAUCAUUCUGGAUGCUGAUGUUGGUGGCGCUGUUGACCUGCAUUAUGUUUGUGAAAGGUGUUAGUUACUGAACCUAUCCUCAUUGGUAUAAAAGGGGUGGACAAAACACCUUUAGGAUAAUACAUUACAGUUCAAUAGCACUAUUGGCAGUGCUGGUCAUUGCCGCCUUAGCGUAAGACCUAUUGACAUUGUGAUACUUAUUUGUUCUGUUGUUCUGUUUUGCCAAAAUGUCUGUGUUGAUCAGAUGAACUGGAGAAAUCCACUUUAAAUAGAGUAGUUUGACCUGAACAGGAGUCUCUGUUGAUAUCCAACAAUCCAUCCAGCUACAUGUUGAAUUUCUCCACAUAAAAAGAAACAUUGUCCACCUUGUAACAUACUUACUGUAAGUAAUAUCUCAGUGUAAAAAAAAAAAAAAAAAAAAAGAAUGAGCUACUAAUUUAUCUCUGUCCUUCAGUUUUCCUGCUUUUCCAUCUCAUUAGCAAUCUGACUAAAUAGCCAGAAUAACCUAGUGAUGACUAUUAUGAAAGAAGAGGUUUCAUUCUGUGUGAAUGUCUUUUAUUCAACCAUUAUGAUUCUUUAAGAAUCUUGGUGCCAUAAUGGUUUUAUUUGUUUUUUAUGACAUUUUAUUUGUAUUAAAUAUAUUUUCCUCACGUUUAUCAUUUGAGCGAUAUUAUUUCCACCUCUGUUGAUCUUUCAUGUUUGUUUUGAGGGACUUAUUCCUCUAUGUUUCCCUCACACAUUUCUCUGACUUCACAUUUAGCAAAGACAGACAUAAGCUUAGCAAACAGAUUUUGUAAAUAGAUAAAGAAGCGAGAGAGGUGUAUGUGCUCUGUGUACUUGUACAAUUAACAUCUUUCAUCUACCAUCUGCUUUCUAACAACAAAUUGCCUUUUCCUGAUUCUGCAAUGCUAGGAUGUAUAGGUAAAAUUUUAGGCAGUUUUGUAAUUGAAGACACAAAACAGAAACAAAUCAAACUGAUCUGCUUGUAGAAUGUGUUGGAAAAAUGUCAACAAAACAAAUAUGAAUUCAAGGCAAGAUAUUAAGUAGUUUUUCCCUUAAAAGGACCCAAAAAAGUGCAGUCGCAAAUGUCAUAACCUUCCAGGUCUUUCAGUGCUUGUAAAAAAAAACUGUCCUUGUGACCUUGUCAUUUAUACCCCUUUUCCACCAAAAUUAGUGCUUGCACAUAGGUUUUUAAACAUGAGUAAGCCUGCUAAGAAUAGGCCAUGGAUUCCUUUCCCCUUUGCCAGACCAGUGUGUGUAUAUGGGGCUCUGCAGCAGACAAGUAUGUUUUCUAUGCCUGUGUGGAUUUUUUUUAAGUGUCAUGUUGGACGUCACGGACAGGCCAGAAAACAGGUUAGUAGAAAGCAGUAUGGAGGCCAGUAAAAACUUAAUGGUGGUUACUUCUUUCUAUAUAUGCCUUACUCAUUCAGUCUGUCCUAAAGCUGGUACAGACUAAUUAUGUAGUGUUUGAGUGCUACUUGAGUGGAGAUGCAUACUAAUUUGUGAUAACAUGUUAUUGCAUCUUGCCAGUAAAGGGGCUAAAAUUAGCGGGUUCACCAGGGUGUUGGGUUUCCAUCACUGCCCAUCAGAGCUGAUUGGAGCCGAAUUGAGCCAGAGCCAAUAAUACCUGUGACGACCGCAGAGUCAUUUGACGUGGGAGUAAAUGCUAAUUGUAACCUUUCCCUUUACAUCCAGAUAACAGGUGUUAACAGUUUUUUUUUUUGUGAGGUGGAAAAGGGACUUAAAUUUCCUUAAGUUUGAUCCAGUUUGACUUCCUCAUUGUUGCAGAAUUUCCAUUCUACACUGUCUCUACAUCUCGCCCAUCACUGUCCAUUCUAACUUGAAAUUGUAUAUAAGCAUAUUGUUAAGCAGUGUACUGGUAAAGUACGUGUACGUAAACCAGUGGUGAUGUCAGUGUACAUCUCUGGUCUCACAUCCACCAACUAUUGAAUCCCCUACACCCAUGUUAAUGGACAAUCAUGAAAAAAUGAAAUAAAUGGCUUCUAACACCAAA